UCUACGCAGGGCAUCCGCCUCGCGCCUCCUCCCCACCCCCGGGCCAGGCAGGCCGAGUGUCGCCGCGGGACUGCGGGCGCUUCCCAGGCCGGUGGCCGCGGCCCGCGAUGGCGCGGGUGAGCGCGCUCCUCUGCUGCCUGCUGGCUUGUUGGCACGGCCGUCCCGGCCUCGGGCUGCCGGCGGGCUUCCAGAGUGCAGCUCCGGCGGUGGGACAGUUUUGGCAUGUAACUGACUUACACUUGGACCCUACUUACCACCUCACAGAUGACCACAGGAAAGUGUGUGCUUCUUCCAAAGGCGAAAAAGCCUCUGAUCCUGGCCCUUUUGGAGAUGUUCUCUGUGACUCUCCAUAUCAGCUUAUUUUGUCAGCAUUUGAUUUUAUUAAAAAUUCAGGACAAGAGGCAUCUUUUAUGAUAUGGACAGGGGACAGCCCACCUCAUGUUCCAGUGUACGAACUCUCAACAGACAUAGUCAUAAAUGUGAUUGCUAAUAUGACAACCACUGUCCAGAGUUUCUUUCCAAAGCUCCAGGUCUUCCCUGCACUGGGUAAUCAUGACUAUUGGCCACAGGAUCAACUGCCUAUAACCAGCAGCAAGGUAUAUGAUGCAGUAGCAAACCUCUGGAAACCAUGGCUGGAUGAAGAAGCUAUUGGUACUUUGAGGAAAGGUGGCUUUUAUUCACAGAAAGUGAAUCCUAAUCUGAACCUUAGGAUCAUCAGUCUAAACACAAACUUGUACUACAGCCCAAAUAUCGUGACCCUGAAUAAGACUGACCCAGCAAAUCAGUUUGAAUGGCUAGAAAAUAUACUGAACAUCUCUCAGCAAAAUAAGGAGAAGGUGUACAUCAUAGCACAUAUUCCUGUAGGGUAUCUGCCCUUUACCAGGGGCACCACAGCAAUGAGGGAAUAUUAUAAUGAGAAAUUGAUAAAUAUUUUCAGAAAAUACAGCGAUGUCAUUGAAGGACAGUUUUAUGGACACACUCACAGAGAUAGCAUGAUGGUUCUUUCAGACAAAACAGGUAGUCCAGUAAGUUCUUUGUUUGUGGCUCCUGCUGUGACUCCAGUGAAAAGUAUUUUACAAAAAGAGACAAACAACCCUGGUGUCCGACUAUUUCAAUAUAAUCCUUGUGAUUAUAAAUUACUGGAUAUGUUGCAGUAUUACUUGAACCUAACUGAUGCUAACCUGAAGGGAUAUGCCAACUGGAAAUUGGAAUAUAUCCUGACCCAGAGCUAUGGCAUUGAAGAUUUGCAGCCAAAAAAUUUGUAUGGAUUAGCUAAGCAAUUUGCAGCCCUAGAGAGUAAACAGUUUUUAAAGUAUUACAAUUACUACUUGGUGAGUUAUAACAGCACUAUAAUUUGUGAUGAGGUAUGUAAAGCCAAUCAAAUUUGUGCAAUUAUGAAUCUCGAUCAUAUUUCUUAUGUAGAUUGCCUUAAACAUUUUAUAAUUUAUAAUCCAUAGUGCCUCACAGAGUAUGUAUAAAAACUAUCACAUUGCUCUCUUUCUGAGACCAGCUUAUGGGAACUGUUGUGUAAAUCUUUGUGAAUUACUGAAUGGGCAGCCAGAAUUCUUGUUUCUGUUUUCUUUUUAUAAUACCCACAUGUUGAUAUUUUUAGCAUUCUAAAUUUUUAUUAUAUUGAAUGUUUAAAUCACCUAUUACUAGAAGAAUGUUUAGAUGUGAAUAUCCUUUCUUCCAAUUUAUAUAAUUAUAUCUAAUUUAUAUUCUUGUUGAAAUUGUCAUGUAUACAAUAAAGAAAUGACCUCUUCCUAACUAUGAUCAAUUAUUCUUAAUGGGAUAAAUUUCUCACUUUUAAUUGUGUCAUGUUAAAAGAUCAUGUAAGCUGAAUUCUGAAGUGUUUAAAUGUCACCUAUAAAAACUACAGUUUGUAUUGUUUGCGUGCAUUCUCUUGGGAAGUACCAAGAGUACUUGGUACUCCAAGUCUCUGGAGGACCCUUUUCAGGCUGUAAAGCUUAAUGUAUUGUCUAGCUAUCUUCCCUCCAUGAGUGAAGGGGGUUUUUAGUCUAAUUAACUUUUAAGGAAUAGAAUUUCACAGGCCAUACUUACUGCAACUGUACUACUAGCACAAAACCUAGGUCUGAGCCCAGUGCCAAACAGUAAAUGACCAGUGACGUGAAUUGUAAGGUUAAUAUUCAGAAAGAAAUAAGCUAGGGCUGCUGUCACAGUAUUUUCUUUGUCACCACAUCCCAAGAGUGGAUAAAAAUUUAAUUCAUGGCAUUGCUUUAAAGACUCCCCUGUGGCUGUUUGCUCAUCUUGAGCUUUUGUUUGCUUCCAGAUUAUGUGGGAGAUUAAAAGUAGAAAAGAUGAGGAUGAUGAUGAAAGAUUUAGGGGAAGAAGAAUUGUACGCCCAGUACUUUAACUUACUGGCAAAGACAUACAAUCAACAGCCUUAGGUCAACCAGGAGAGCAGGACUCAUCAUCCUUGCAACUGGUUUGCCUUCACAUAAAAGAUGACUAGUAGAUGUCAGUUCUCAUCAUGAUGAAGCCAAAUUCCGAUUUCCAGAAAGCUGAGAAACGGAGGUUUACUAAAUAAAGUUAUUAUUAUGAGAAACUAUCAGUAUUCCGUAAGUAAACAUUUUUUUUUUUACUUUUUAGGUUUAAAUGUAAAUUGAUAUUUUUAGAAAUAAGAAUGCUGAAACAAAGCAAAAAGUCAUUAUUAUAAAAAUUAACAUUAUAUAGAAAUGAUGCUGCCUACAGUUAUGUUUAAAGUUGGAGUCAUCAAAUCACUACUUUGGAUACUUAUAUAUACUUAUGGGUGGAAAUCAUAAGAAAAUAAGCUUAGACUGGGGGCCUCCAUGAUGCUGCAGAAGGUUAAAAUGCAGCACUAUAAAGCAAUCCACAGCCACUGCAGCACAAGUUUUAUACCCAG